UUGUUAAGUUUGUGCCCAAGAGAGUUUACUAAAGUGAAGUAGAAGAGUAGCCGUUGCUGGGUAGGCAGGCAGUAGUGGCUGCCCUUUAUAGUUCUCCGAAUCAUCAUCUCCAGUUCGGUCAAAUAUCAAAGAAGAGAAUGACGAGUACUCAAUCAGCGGCGAAGAUCGAUUCCAAUUCAAACCACCAACGCCUCUACGAUUUCGCCAAAAUGGCUCUCAUCAAGAUAUUCGCUCACCCCUACGCCACGGUCUGCGACUUGUAUUGUGGAGGUGGCGCUGAUACCGAUAAAUGGCUCGACGCACAAAUCGGCCACUACAUUGGUAUAGAUGUUUGUUCAUCCGGGAUAGACCAAAUUCGACAAGCUUGGGAGAGUAAUCGCAAAUCUUACACUGCUGAUUUCUUUCAACUUGAUCCUUCCACAGAAAAUAUAGAAACGCGUUUGGAGGAGAAGAUCAAUACGGUUGAUUUUGUAUGCUGUUUGCAACAUUUGCAGUUGUGUUUUGAAACUGAAGAGAAAGCGCGGAGACUUCUUCAAAACGUUUCAUUUCUACUGAAACCAGGGGGAUAUUUUCUCGGUAUUACUCCUGACUCAUCUACUAUAUGGGCCAAGUAUCAGAAGAAUGUUGAAUCCUAUCACAACAAAGGCAGCAGCAUGAAGGCAAACAUUGUUCCCAACUGCAUCCGGACUGAGAAUUACACAAUUACUUUUGAAGUUGAAGAAGAAAAGUUUCCAUUAUUUGGAAAGAAAUAUCAGCUGAAGUUUGCUAAUGAUGUCUCUGCUGAAACCCAUUGCCUGGUUCAUUUUCCAAGUUUAAUCAGGCUGGCAAGGGAAGCUGGUCUUGAGUAUGUGGAGAUCCAAAAUUUGACCGAGUUUUAUGAUGACAACAGAGCUCAAUUAUCAGGCUUGCUUGCGAACUAUGCUCCAAACCUUUUGGAUGUUAGGGGUAGACUACUUCCUCGAUCAUAUGAUGCGCUUGGCCUCUAUACAACAUUUAUAUUUCAAAAGCCUGACCCAGAAGUUGCACCCCCGAUUGCAACUCCAUUAUUGCAAGAUGUUGGAUAUAACCUCGAAGAGGUGCAUGGUGGGUGAAACUCUAUAUUUGUUUAUUGUUUAAUUGUAAAAUAACUAGUAAAUCUUCAAAUAUAUUGACGAAAUCACUUGAGAUAAGUUAUACCGGAAAAGUUCUUUUGAAAUGAUAUAUAUUAAGGUAAAAAGGUGGGCAACUCUAGCUUUCUUCAAGGAAAAGCAAGCAACUAAUAAGCUUGUUUCUUUAAAACCAAUAAUUCUGAAAUUACUCGUGAGCAUAUAGAAUUAUUGUACUCGACUAGUUUUGACAAAAUGCUUCUACCUCAUGGCAUUUGCUUUGCAGAAUUAUUAUUUUCAAUUGUUUUAUAAAUUAAAAAUUAAAUUAUUUUGCAUCCGAACUAAUUUUUACAGGGAACAACGUGGCGAGAGGAUGAAAUAAAUGGACUUGUACUCGAGUCUUCUAUUGGGCUGGGCAAGAUUAGCGAGCAGAAAGGGAUAUUAGGCCCUGGUCCAGCAGAACUACGUUAUCCAGAAGCACUUUGAUAUGUCUGUUCUAAUGAAGCUAUAGGUUUAGCUAUUUUAGUUGGUUAGUGCUGUUAAUAUUUUACUGGCACCACAGAAAAAAGGAAGUUAGACUCCUAUUUCUUCCCCUUGUGAUUCUAAGGUUUGGUGUUUUAGACAUGUAGGUCAAAUAUUGAGAGGUUGGCAGAUCUUAUAUUGGCAUAUUUUAGUGUUAGUUUUUUUUUUUUUUUGGAUCUUCUCUUACUCCAGUGUCCCAAAACAGGAGAAUUAAAAUGAAGUACUCAAUAUUUCAACAUAUUUUAGUCGUAUAGUUUUCUUUGCAAGGAAUUCAUGGAGUGUCAGGAGUAUCUUUGAAAUUGCUUUUUACCCACUAGUAA